AUGAAUAAAUUAUAUCUUAUGAUUAGUAUUAUUUACUUCAUUGGCUUAAAUGAUGGAGCAAAACUCCCAAAAAGUGAGAAACAACUUAUCUUGACUGGUCGUGUUACAUUUCCUGGCGGUUCAUCUGUACCAAUUGAACCAGAUGGAAAAUUAACAGUUGAAUUACAAGAUACAUCACUUGCUGAUGCACCAGCAAAAGUUAUUGCACGAGGAACAAGCAAAGUAACUCGAUUUCCAGUAGUAUUUGGAUUGAAAUAUUCACCGAGUCAAAUUCUUGAUGGACAUACAUACUCAUUAGAUGCUAGUAUUAAAAAUAAAAAGAAUGAAUUAUUAUAUACCAAUGAUAUUUAUAUUAGAGUAACACCACUUAGUGUUAAUCGAAAAAAACUUAUUGAAGUACCUGUUAAGCUUAUCAAAAAAACAACACCAGCGUCUAAAAAACAUCACUGGCCUGAAUUAGUUGGUAAAAAUGGUCAAGAAGCAGUUCGAAUAAUUAAAAAAGAAACAGGUUUUACGAAUGUAAUGACAGUCAAAGAAGGAUCACCAGUAACAAUGGAAUAUAAUCCGAAUCGAGUACGUGUUACGGUCAACAAGCAGGGUAUUGUAACAAUUGUUCCAACUGUUGCUUAA